AUGUCGUCUGCGGGCCACGAGUUUGACAUGCUUGUUCUAGUGCCUCAGCUCUUUCAGUACAGUGCUCUUAAUCCUCGAGAAUCUUGGGACAUGUGGCAUCCCACUCUGGUGGCUGAAGCUUUAUUUGCAAUUGCAAACAUCUUCAGUUCCCUACGCUUGAUCUCACUGUUUACUGCAAAUUCUCACUUGGGGCCUCUGCAGAUAUCUUUGGGAAGAAUGCUCCUGGACAUUUUGAAGUUUCUAUUCAUAUACUGCCUUGUGUUGUUAGCAUUUGCUAAUGGCCUAAAUCAAUUAUAUUUCUACUAUGAAGAAACAAAAGGUUUAAACUGCAAAGGCAUACGAUGUGAAAAGCAGAAUAAUGCAUUUUCAACGUUAUUUGAGACACUCCAGUCCCUGUUUUGGUCAAUAUUUGGCCUCAUCAAUUUAUAUGUGACCAAUGUUAAAGCACAGCAUGAAUUCACUGAGUUUGUUGGUGCCACCAUGUUUGGGACAUACAACGUCAUCUCUCUGGUUGUCCUACUCAACAUGUUAAUAGCCAUGAUGAAUAAUUCUUACCAACUUAUUGCUGACCAUGCAGAUAUAGAAUGGAAAUUUGCUCGAACAAAGCUUUGGAUGAGUUAUUUUGAAGAAGGAGGAACCCUGCCUACUCCCUUCAAUGUCAUUCCGAGCCCCAAAUCUCUUUGGUUCCUGAUCAAAUGGAUAUGGACACACCUGUGCAAGAAAAAGAUAAGAAGAAAACCAGAAAGCUUUGGAACAAUAGGGAGGCGAGCUGCUGAUAAUUUGAGAAGACAUCACCAGUAUCAAGAAGUUAUGAGGAACCUGGUGAAGCGAUAUGUUGCUGCAAUGAUUAGAGAUGCCAAAACUGAAGAAGGCCUGACUGAAGAGAACUUUAAGGAACUAAAGCAAGACAUUUCUAGUUUCCGCUUUGAAGUCCUGGGGUUACUAAGAGGAAGUAAACUCUCUACAGUACAAUCCGCUCAGGCUACGAAGGACACUGCUAAUUCAGCAGACUCAGAUGAAAAGACUGAUAACGAAGGUACCAGCAAAGACAAGAAGAACUUCAGCCUUUUCGACUUAACCACCCUGAUCCACCCACGAUCAGCAGCAAUUGCUGCAGAAAGACACAACAUAAGCAAUGGUUCUGCGCUGGUGGUGCAGGAGCGCCUGCGGGAGAAGCAGAGAAAAGUGAAUUUUGUGACUGAUAUAAAAAACUUGGGGUUAUUUUAUAGACGAUCAAAACAAAAUUCUGCUAAGCAAAAUGCAAACCAAAUCUUCUCUGUUUCAGAAGAGGUUGCUCGUCAACAGGCUGAAGUAUCAUUGGGGAGAAAUAUUCAACUGGAAUCUCCAGGAUUAUCUUCAAGGGGUGACCUGAGCAUCCCUGGUCUCAGUGAACAAUGCAUGUUAGUAGACCACCGGGAAAGGAAUACCGACAGUCUGGGUUUACAAGUUGGAAAGAGAAUGUGUGCCUUCAAAUCAGAGAAGGUGGUGGUAGAAGACACUCUUCCAAUAAUACCAAAGGAGAAGCAUGCAAGGAAAGAGGAUUCUAGUACAGACUAUGAUGCAACCCUCACUAACACAGUCAUCCAGGAAGAUUAUGUGACCACAAGAUUGUGAUACUUGAAGGAAGGAGGAAGUGUUUAUCAUACAUAUAUCUUUUCAAUAGUGCUCUGAGUUGGGGAGAGUGUUUAAAAGUAAAUUAGCAAAUUCUAACUUAUAUUCUAAGCAUUUAUCAACUCUAGCAUACUAACGUGUAACAUGUUUAAAUAAGGUAAAAGCUAUCAAAAACCCUUGUUCUGUAGCCCACUUUUGCUUGCACAAUUUGUUUUACAUUUUUUGUUGUUAAUAAAUAAACUCACCUUGUAUCUUG